AUGUCCGACAUCGAGUUCGUCAUCGAGGCGCCACAGUCCGCCCGCCAGAACAAGAAACGUCCACGGCUCGUGACCUCUUGCGACCACUGUCGCGUCAAGAAGAUUAAAUGCGUCCAGCAACCCUCCACGGGCAAAUGCGAGGCGUGCGCCACGGGGCGUCUCCCCUGCCUCUAUCGCGACCGCGAGCAGUACUUCGCAGAGAGGACUCGUAUGCUCUCGGGGGCCACCUCUGCCGUCUGUGACGCCUCAGAGGUCGAUCACAGCCAGGCCCAGCUAUCUGCUAUCAGCACAUCGAGUUCCUCGGGCAGCAGCUCUUCCCGCCCCUACACCCCCCCAAGCAGCGUAUCCCCAGCAACGACCCCCGAUCGCUCAUAUUCACCCACGCACUACCCGCAUAUGGACAUGAACGCCGUGGACUUCGAUCAAUAUCAUGCCUUCUCUGGUGGACUGGGCGAACAGGCUGUGCUGCCACAGACGUGGCAUGAUCCUGUACAGACGUCCCAAUGGUCACCGAACGGUGCCGGGACCCACCUCGGGCUCCAGACACCUUCGCCGUUCUCCUCGAACGGCCUCUUCGACCCCAGUGACCCGACCCAGCCUCAUCCGAAUCUCAUGAUGGACUUCGUGCCCGCCUUCUUUGACAAGUUCGGCGCAGCAUACCCAUUCCUGUCCUCGAGGAAUAUAUGCGACCAGUUCUUCCGCCGCAGGCUCUCGCCACUGCUAGCCAACAGCAUUGCGGCCUCCGCAGCCAGGUUCAGUACCGUGUCAGAAAUACAGCAGAUUGGACCGGCGAACGUUGCAAACGUGUACUGUCAGAUGGCGAAGAGCCUUGUUCCACAGAACGGAACACCCGCCAGCCUGGACGCGGUCCACGCUCUCAUUAUUCUGUCCUGCGUCGAAUACAAGCGCAGCCGGCAUGCAAUGUUUCUUGCAUAUGCUCGAACCGCAAUACGUCAAGCCACCGAACUUGGCAUUUCCGAAUCCAUGCCGCCGCCCCUCACGCACGUCCUCGACCCCGAGACGGCACACAUCCUCCAGGCGACGCUCCACAGUAUUCAGCACCUGCGCCGCACAAUCUCCGCGUCGCCCUUCGUCGCGCCCUCACCAGCACCUUCGGCCGGUACGAGCACCCGCGCGUCAUGGGGGCACCUCGGGCCACGGUGCUGACAUGCCACAGGUGCGCUAUUCUGAGGACGGCCUGGCGUGUCUCGGCGUGCGGGAUCCACGACGAACACGAGCACAUGCGCCUGAUAGCCGGCCCGUCCUCUCUCGCAGACGGUGCGCGACGCAUUCACCGGUCUCAAAGCCGGCUACGUCGGCCUAUGCACUACCUGCGAUCCCG